UACCACUCCCAUCCUGGCCGGGGAGGAUGGGAGGGCCCCACCUGGCAGAAGACAGCGCCCCAGGGCAGCCCCUGACGGGCGGAAGUGACGCAAAGGGGCGGAAGUCGCGGCCCUGCUCGCCCUUCCCUCAGAGUGACCCCUGACCUCCGGCAGCGCCUUCCGCGGGGCAGCCGUUAGCAGCGCCCCUUCCCUUCCCUCCCUCCCUCCCUCCGUCCCGGCCAUGGAGGGCGAGGAGGUCUCGCCGCCCUCCGACCGCCAGGUCAGCCUCAUAACAAGUUCUGACCUACGAACGCGAGUUCUCCAAUUUGUAGAAGACAGGAUUCAGACAACCAUGUUAACUGGGAUAGCCAUUGGAGCUGCGGUGGCCUUGGCGCUGAUUGGGAUCGUUGUGUAUUUUGUUUACAAGAAGGUGAAGGAAUCGAAACAAUCUCAGGCCCACGUGCCCCAGUACAGGUUUCGCAAGAGGGACAAAGUGAUGUUCUACGGCCGUAAGAUCAUGCGGAAGGUUACAACUCUGCCGAACUCUCUAGUCGGCAACACGGUGCCUCGUCAGCGGAUGCGGAAAAGGGCCAAGGUGUUGUCCUUGGCAAAGAGGAUUCUGCGCUUCAAGAAGGAGUCCCCCACCCUGCAGCCCAAGGACCCCCCGCCCUCCUUGCUGGAGGCCGACCUGACGGAAUUCGACGUCAAGAGCUCCCACCUGCCUUCCGAAGUCCUUUACAUGCUCAAGAACGUCAGGGUCCUUGGCCACUUCGAGAAGCCCCUUUUCCUGGAGCUCUGCAAGCACAUGGUCUUCGUCCAGCUGCAUGAAGGGGAAUACAUCUUCCGGCCCGGACAGCUGGACAACAGCAUUUAUGUCGUGCAGGACGGGAAGCUGGAAGUCUGCAUUCAAGACAGCGAUGGCACAGAGAUGGUGGUAAAAGAAGUCCUGGCCGGAGAUAGCGUGCACAGCCUUCUCAGCAUUUUAGAUGUCAUCACGGGCCAUCCUGCUCCUUACAAAACCGUUUCUGCCCGAGCGGCGACACAGUCAACUAUUCUGCGUCUCCCAGCCAACGCGUUUCAGGACGUCUUUCAGAAAUACCCCGAGACCCUGGUCAGAGUUGUGCAGAUCAUCAUGGUGAGGCUGCAGAGGGUCACUUUCCUAGCUUUGCACAACUACCUGGGACUGACCACCGAACUCUUCAGCUCUGAGAGCCAGGCCAUCCCUCUGGUCUCCGUUGCCAGCGUCACCUCUGGGGGCAACACCAGCCGGGUGGUCAAAAGGCAGCUGUCCAACCUGUCCGAGGAGGAACGGGCCGAGAGGCUGGAGAAAUACGCAGCCUUGGAGACCACAGAUUCUGGGAAACUUCCCGGCUCCGAGCCCCCGCUCCGAAGAAGCUUGUCUUUGACCAUCCCCACUGGAUAUACCGAGGCUACAGGUAGUUCAGCUGGAGCUAAAUCAGACUUGGACGUGGCCUGCGACAGAGCCCGGAUUGAGGUUGACACCUCUGCCUCCGACACAACUGCGUACAAGCCCAUCUUGAAGAAAACCGUGACGAUGACCGAAAUGCCCUCAGCUGUCUUCCACUACAUCCAGAAUAACGUGCCCUGUGCCACCAAGCAGGUCAACACCAUCUUAGAAGCCGCCAAAAAAGAUCUUCUGACGCUGAUGAAGCUGGACGAUCUCUCUCUCUUGAACGGGAAAGUCACGCUCCAUCAGGUGGCCGCGGGGACGGUGGUAUCCCGGCAAGGCGACCAGGACGUCAGCAUCCGUUUUGUGAUCUCGGGGGUCUUGCACGUCUAUCAGCGAAAGAUCGACUCGGAGGAAGAGACCUGCCUGUUCAUCACCCACCCGGGAGAGCUGGUGGGGCAGCUGGCUGUCCUUACGGGAGAGCCCCUGAUUUUCACCAUCAAGGCCAACCGCGAUUGCACUUUCUUGGCGAUCUCCAAGUCCCACUUCUAUGAGAUCAUGCGCGAGCAGCCCACGGUGGUCCUGGGUGUGGCUCACAUGGUGGUGAAACGCAUGUCGUCCUUUGUGAGGCAAGUUGACUUCGCCCUGGAUUGGAUGGAGGUCGAAGCCGGACGCGCCGUUUACAGGCAAGGGGAUCAUUCAGACUGCACCUACAUUGUCCUGAACGGGCGGCUCCGCUCGGUCAUCAAGUUGGACGAUGGGAAGAAACAUCUGACCGGCGAAUAUGGCCGGGGGGACCUGAUUGGCGUGGUUGAAGCACUCACUCACCAACCCAGGGCGACGACGGUCCAUGCUGUUCGGGAUUCUGAGCUGGCCAAACUUCCUGAGGGAGCUCUCAGCUCGAUCAAACGCAAGUUCCCCCAGGUCGUGACGCGGCUUAUACAUCUGCUGGGUGAGAAGAUCCUUGGGAAUCUCCAGCAAGGGGGGCACCAGUUGGGCUUGCACACUGCCAGCAGCAAGUGGGACGCCAGCAACCCAGCCAGCAACCUCGCCACGGUGGCCAUCAUGCCUGUCUCUGAAGAUGUGCCUCUUUCUACCUUCACCCUGGAACUCAAGCAUGCCCUCUGCGCCAUUGGUCCCACCCUGCUGCUCACCAGCGACAACAUCAAGCAACAGCUGGGCUCCGCCGCUCUUGACAGCAUCCACGAGUACCGGUUGUCCAGCUGGUUGGGCCAGCAGGAGGACAUGCACCGCAUUGUGCUGUAUCAGUCAGACGACACCCUCACGCCCUGGACUCAGCGCUGUAUCCGGCAGGCCGACUGUAUUUUGAUUGUGGGCCUGGGUGAGCAGGAGCCGACCGUCGGGGAGUUGGAACGGAUGCUGGAGAACACGGCCGUCCGAGCUCAGAAACAACUGAUUUUGCUGUAUCGAGAAGACGGCCCUCUUCCUUCCCGGACCGUGGAGUGGCUCAACAUGCGCAGCUGGUGCUCGGCCCACCUUCACCUCCGCUGCCCUCGCCGAGUCUUCUCACGGCGGAGCCUGCCCAAACUGAAAGAAAUGUAUGAACGCGUCUUCCAGAAACCUGCAGACAGACACUCCGACUUCUCCCGGCUCGCUCGCGUCUUGACAGGAAAUGCCGUGGCUUUGGUCCUCGGAGGAGGUGGCGCACGAGGAUGUUCCCAAGUCGGGGUAAUCAGAGCGCUGAACGAAGCUGGAAUUCCCGUUGACAUGAUUGGCGGCACGUCCAUUGGCUCCUUCAUGGGCGCCCUGUACGCGGAAGAACGAAGCUACACCCAGAUGCGGAUCAAAGCCCGGCAGUGGGCCAUGAAUAUGAACUCGGUGCUGAAAACGGUUCUCGAUUUGACCUACCCCAUCACCUCCAUGUUCUCCGGAGCCUCCUUCAACAACGGGGUCUGCGACAUCUUCAGAGAUAAGCAGAUCGAGGACCUCUGGAUUCCUUUCUUCAUCAUCACCACAGACAUCACAGCCUCGGCUAUGAGGGUCCACACCGACGGUUGCCUGUGGCGCUACAUCAGGGCCAGUAUGUCUCUGUCUGGUUACUUGCCCCCUCUCUGUGAUCCCAAGGACGGUCAUCUCCUAAUGGAUGGUGGUUACAUCAACAACCUCCCAGCGGAUGUUGCACGAUCCAUGGGAGCCAAGAUCGUCAUUGCCAUCGACGUGGGCAGCCGAGACGAGACGGACCUCACCAAUUACGGCGACGCUCUUUCCGGCUGGUGGCUGCUGUGGAAGCGGUGGAACCCGUUAGUGGAGAAAGUGAAGGUGCUGAACAUGGCCGAGAUCCAGACUCGGCUGGCCUACGUCUGUUGCGUCCGGCAGUUGGAGAUGGUCAAGAACAGCGACUAUUGUGAAUAUAUCCGUCCGCCUAUCGAUCGCUACGGGACACUGGACUUUGGGAAAUUCGAUGAAAUCUGUGAAGUCGGCUACCAGCACGGGAAGACGGUUUUUAACGUUUGGUGCCGGAGUGGAGUCCUGGAGAAGAUGCUGAAGGACCGGCAGGAAGGCUGCCAAUCUAAACCCUCUUGUUACGUGACCUGCCCCACCACCUCUUUCACGGAUUUGGCUGAAAUCGUCUCCCGAAUCGAACCGGUGAAGGCCAUCCUUGUGGACGAUGAAUCCGACUACCAGACCGAAUAUGAAGAGGAGAUUUUUGACAGCCAGAAGGACGACUACGUCAGUUUCCUGACCAGCGAGACGGAAAUAUAUACGGAUCCCGAUCAAGAAAUCCGGCUAAGGCGGCCUAUCCGUGGCGACUCGGAAGACAGCCAACUGGCAGCCUAACAAGACCCAUCUUGGCCCCCCUGACUUUUCUCCUCCCCACUCCUUGCCAGUUUCCUCCAGCAGUGCCCCUCUCCCCAUUUCUCGGUCUAAAAACCAAGGUUCCCCCCCAAAGCGAUUAGCAUCCGCCGAUGGACAAACGGGCCCCCUACAAAGCCAUUGCCGAUCGAUCGGAGUGUGCAGCAACUUUGGGCGGCACUUUCAGGGUUUGGGGCUCGUGUGAACCGAGAGGGAGACGGGAGAAAGGAACCCUUUGUACGAAUCUGGGUUGGAAGGAGGAGGAGGAGAGGAGGGAAGUGGAGGAUGGGCUUCUGGCAUUCUUCACCCCACUGGAUCCCACUGAGUUUGGCUUGAGCAACUGGCACCUCCAAGAGGAGCCGAAGUCUCCCCCGGGAAUUUGCAGCUAGCGUAGGGGAUGCUCCUUGCUCACAAGCAAAGCCGAAGAUGGAACCAUCUGCCGGGGAGGGACGACGAGAGAGUCGUGAUGACAACAGCAGUGACUUUCACACAGACACCCGUUCGAACGACGCUGAGGCUGCUGCAGCAGAACAGCCUUCUUGAGUUCCCGGAAGAGGCUGUUUUUAAACCUUCCUAAAAACUUUGGCGGAAAACCCUCCGCUUAUUUAUACCGGCCUGCCUUUCAGCUCGUGCUUUCGUGGGCCUUCUCUGUGCCCAACAGCGGAUCUGCCGUUCCUGUAUUAUAUUAUACGGCCAAAUCUCUUUUUCUCUCUCUCUCUUCUCUCUCUCUCCUCAGGGGUUCUUAAAAAGAGAAUAAUAAAAAGCUGAAAACCCGUA